CACUACAGUGAAGUGCUGGCCAAAGAGGAGCUGGUGUACCUGACCUCAGACUCCCCCAACGUGCUGCAGGAGCUGGACCAGAACAAGGCCUACGUGAUCGGGGGCCUGGUGGACCACAACCACCACAAGGGCAUUACGUUCCAGAGGGCGAAGGAGCUGGGGGUGGAGCACGCGCAGCUUCCUCUGGGCAGCUUCGUCAAGAUGAACAGCCGGAAGGUUCUGGCGGUCAACCACGUGUUCGAGAUCAUCCUGGCCUACCUGGAGAAGGACAGCUGGCAGGAGGCCUUCUUCUCUGUCCUUCCUCAGAGAAAAGGAGUGGUGGUCCUCAAUCCGGACGGCACAAACGCUCAGGAAAAACAGGACGAAGACUCCGGUUCAGAGUCUGACACGGAGCCGGCGGAGCCCAAAGUGCCGGAGGACAAUGGCGUGCGCAGUUCCAGUGCCUAA